UAUGACCCGACCCGUUUUUUUCACUAAACAAACCCUAACCCAUUGUUUUUUAAAUAAUGGGCCUAAUAUAAGCCCAUAUUUUGUAUUGUUAUCAUGACGACGUCGUUUCAUUCUCCGGCGACUGAACUUCUACUGGAAAUGGAUAGUGAAGGAGCUUCAAGCGAGUCUUCUUCGUCUGGGGAUCAGCUCGAGAAGUGGAUAGAAGAGCAGGAUCAGCUUAAGAAGAAACUGAUUGCGUAUGAUGACUUCACAUGGAAGUUAUCUUCAUCAAUGGAACUGUCUCAUGGAUCGGAGAUUCUUAAGUACGUUGGAGGUGUAGACAUGAGCUUUUGCAAAGAAGAUUCUUCCGUCGCAUGCGCUUGUCUCGUCGUUCUUGAGCUACCUUCUCUCCGUGUAGUUCACCAUGACUUCUCUCUCCUCCGUCUUCAUGUUCCUUAUGUCCCUGGAUUUCUUGCCUUUCGUGAGGCUCCGGUUCUUUUGCAGAUUCUGCAAAAGAUGAGGGAUGAUAAGCAUCCUUUCUAUCCUCAGGUACUGAUGGUUGAUGGAAAUGGAAUACUUCAUCCACGAGGGUUUGGUUUGGCGUGUCAUUUAGGUGUUCUUGCUCACCUCCCUACCAUUGGGGUCGGAAAGAAUCUGCAUCAUGUGGAUGGUCUGAAUCAAUCUGAGGUUAGACGGUCGCUUCAGCUCAAAGAAAACGAGCAUGAGCAAGUUAUCACUUUGGUAGGAAACUCUGGAUUUACAUGGGGAGUAGGAUUAAGGCCAACUCUGAGUUCUCUGAAGCCCAUAUAUGUUUCAGUUGGCCAUCGCAUAUCACUUGACUCUGCCGUUAAAAUUGUCAAGAUGACCUGCAAGUACCGUGUUCCGGAACCUAUUAGACAGGCCGAUAUGAGAUCAAGAGCAUAUCUCCAGGAGCAUCAAACUGAGUCUUUUAAAAGAACUGGGACUGUGACAACCGGAUCAGACUGAACCUUAAUCUCUCAAACAACCAAGGAAGGAAGUGAACACUAUUCCACAUUACAUAGAACUCUUCAAAGUCUUUAAAGAUUGUUAAAUGGACAGAUUCAGGGCACUGAAGAUCCGCCCCAAUUUUCUCCUUCAUUUAUCUCACUGACUUGAAGAUUGCAAGCUAACCAAGAUAAUCAACAAACCGAUGAAUCAUGUUGUAUCCAAUACAUUGGAAUUUCCUUUCCAUACUGUAAACAUAGUGUAAAUAGAAAGGGUAGGGAACUGGUCUAAUGUCUUGGUAAUUUGGUUGUUUGGGGACUGUUUGUUAUAUUGGGAGAGUUUGAGGUAUUGGUAUUUUUUUUAUUGGUUCUUUGGUUUGGUAUUUUUUUUGGUUCAGCGUCUGUACUCGUUUCUCAUUCAAUAAGAAGGUAGAAUCGUUUCUCAAUCUUAA